GAAAAAGACAAACAGAAGCAAGAUGAAUGUUGCAGAAUUAAUACUUGGACCAAAUGAAUUGUAGGCCAGAUAGCGAAAUAGAGCAAAGUUAGGAGUCAAGCCCCCCCAAUCCUUCUUUCACUCUUAGCCACCCAAAUGCUUGUCUCUUUCACUUGGGAGUGAUUUCUCACUUCAAACUCUCUAUAAUCAUGUGGCUAAUCUUUAAACUAAAUGUCUAAUUUUUAUUUUCAAUGAGGGCUAAAGAGAUGAUCAUAAAACUGGGAUUGCAACUCACCUCAAAGUUGCUACUUGUCUUUUGCUUAUUGUGACUUUUGUUUUAGAGAGAAAAAGGAGACUAUGUAUCAUCUUCCAGUCAAAAGUAACCUUGUUGAUUCAAGUUCAGACACAACCAAGCUUGGCUUUCGAGGUAAUAACCAACCCCUCUGCCCAAAGCCUCGCCGCCUCGGACCUACCAUCCCUGAAUUUCUCAAAUGCACCAAACACAGCCAACCGAUUUCUGAUGGAAGGACUGGAAUUCUGAACCUGAUUACUGAUAAGGGAAUUGAUGGUAGAGAAUCUAUAUGCAGUGGAUGCUCACCAUCUUGUUACUCAGGAUCUCCGCCAGGAAGAACAGAUAAUCCAUUAGUUCAUGACGUGCAUUUCAUCCAUCAAAUGGAGCUUCUUUCGCCAUUUACAAGAACCAAGCUUUCUGAUAAGUUUGGAUUCACCUCUGCAUCUCCCAUUUGAGUCUCACCACUCAAAAUAGAGUGUUGAGAGAAUUGAGUAUCAUCCAUGAAAUGGGAUUUCCUAAACCAGAAAAUGUCAUUUCUUUUUUGAGAAUUUUUUUGUAGUGUUAAGUAAUUAGUAUGAGUUUUUUUUUUGUUCUAACCCAAAUCAUGCAUUGUCGGUUUUCUUUCUGUAAGUGCUAUGAGACGGACAGACUCUUUUAUA